AUGCGCACCACCACUCAGUUGCCCAACGGCCAGUCUUUCACCGUCACCCCCGUGUUUGGGGGCGUCAAUUUCAAGUCCAACAGCCUGAACCAGCGAGGCUCGCUCUUGCUGCCUGGGUGGAAUGUGGUCCUUGGUACGCGCCGCCGGCCAGAGGAUCUUUCCGACGGAGACUUGACCGACGUUGAGCGCGGCCGAGCAAGACCGAUGGAGAAGAAGCCGCAGGUUACUCGCUUCACAGUGCCUACCUUGUCCAGCGACGAACUGUACAUUUCGUACAUCGUCAACCCUCCAGACAGCGACUACAAGCCUGUCAGUUCCCCAACUCGGCAGAUCGCCAUGAUGCUGUGGGUCACGCUGUACUGGUACUUUCAUGAGCCUGAACCAGAGUUCCAGUUGUAUACUGAAGCAUCGGCCAAUACACCUUUUGCUGGAAAGCCAAAGGGAGACUGGAGGGUAAAUAUCAGGCGUGAGGGGAUCUUUACGGGGCACAAUGUGCUGCAGAAGCUGGAGCGCAUGGGAUUAAUUGCAUGCGACGACUCGUCUGUUGGACCUGAUCCAGAGGACAGAGAUAGCUGGUCGCAUAUGUUCGUCAGCCGGCGCAGCUUCUGGCAGCUCGAUCCGCGUCUGUAUCUGUUUACGUUGAGCCCGCAGUCGUUUGCGCAUUCGGUUGGGGGCACGGCGUUCGGCAGGAUUGCUUCUCCGACACGGGAGAGCUUGUACCUGGGGGAGCCGAAUGGUCGACCGAGAUCUGCAGGACCGGGCUCGGGUCGCUACAUGCCUAAUGAAGGGCCAUUUGCGUCGCAUAGCCAUCUUCCGACAUUCUUCCCUCCGCCGCCGUGCCAGUUCACUUUCACGAAUGGCGUGCGGCACCCGAUCAGACAGAAGCCACCGCACCAGGGUGAGGUUUUCUAUGUCCGUUACAUUCCGAGCUUAGGGCAGUAUCUUUCCUUUCGAGUCCCAUAUCUGCGCUCUCCUAGGGAUCACACAGAACAGUUGAGUUCGGAACCAGACACCCCCUCGGACCUGGAGUAUCUGCACAAGUGGAUGAAUGAACCUCGUGUCGAUGCAGCAUGGGGAGAGGCUGGCCCAAUCUCCAAGCAAGAGGAGUUCCUGCGUCAGAAUCUCUCUAAACGACACAGUUUCCCUGUAAUCGGAUGCUGGGAUGGGCAUCCAUUCGGAUACUUCGAGAUAUACUGGGUUAAAGAAGACCCUUUAGGAUCAUUGAUUGGGGGAACUGAUAAUUACGACCGAGGCAUUCAUGUUCUUGUUGGCGAGCAAAAGUACCGCGGUCCGCACCGGGUUUCGGCAUGGCUGACAUCGCUGGUCCAUUUCUGUUGGUUGGCAGAUAUGCGGACUCAGACUGUGAUGUUGGAGCCAAGAGUAGACAAUAAGAAGAUGAUCAGCUAUCUCGAGAGCGCAGGGUUCUACAAAGACGGCGAGGUUACAUUCCCUCAUAAGCAGUCGGCGCUGAUGAAAAUCCGGCGUGAUACGUGGGAGGCUCCUUCUAUCUAA